GAUAAAGAAAAUAACAGCGUCGCUUCAACAGUUUGGGAUCUUUGGAUUGUGAGCUAUUAUGGGCCGCGGAGGCUGCAGAUUGUGGGUUCCAACAUCUGUUCUUCUGAGUUUCUGUCUGUUGCAGGCGCAGAGUUUCACCCUCAUAAAGACUAACCUCUGUAAGUGGUGUGACCACUCGAGUCCUGUAUGUGAAGACAACGUCUGCAUGAGCAACUGCAGUCUGACCUCUUACUGUACUCUGGCUGAAGAAGUGUGUGUAGCGAUAUGGAAGAAGGACAAUGUGAGUGUGAGUGUGCGGACACUGUGUUAUAACCCUCAGGAUAUGCUGGAGAACAUAAUGCUGACAAACUACUCCUCCAAAGAGUGUUUGAUGACACCUCAGCACUCUGAAGAUGGCCUGCUCUUCAUCUGCGGCUGUGUCGGAGAUCUCGAGUGCAACGACAGACUCGUCUUCGAAAAAGGAGCCAAUGGAUUCUCAAAGCUGAAGUCUAAAGACGUCAUUCCAGUAGUAGUCAUAAGCCUGGUUCCACCCCUCCUGGUAGCUGUCAUUGCUACCAUGGCUUUUUACCUGUACCGCACACGUCAGCCUGGCAAGAAACCCAAAGACUGGGGGCCACGGCGCACCCACUACCAGUCUCUAGAUCCAGCCGAGGGCCAAGUAAAUGGUAGCAAUUUCCGCGGCAUGCUGCCAUCCCUCAGCGAUGACAUCAAUUCGGAAAUCUCUUCGACUUGUGCCAAUAACCUAAACCACAACACAGAGCAGCUGCCCAUCCAGCUGGAGGCGCUGGUGGGUAAGGGGCGCUUUGCAGAGGUAUGGCGGGCACGGCUCAGUCAUAAUGAGGGUGGGCAGUACGAAACGGUGGCUGUGAAGAUCUUCCCGGCGGUGGAGUAUUCCUCAUGGUGUAACGAAAGAGCCAUAUUCUCUGACGCCAACUUAAAACAUGAGAAUAUAGUGCAAUUCCUGACUGCUGAGGAGAGGGCCGGUACGGCUGCCGCCCCACAGAGGCAAUACUGGCUCAUCAUGGCUUAUUAUAACAUGGGAAACCUUCAGGACUUUCUGGCUGGUCAUAUCCUCACAUGGACUGAGAUGUGUUUACUGGCAGGCUCUGUGGCGAGAGGCCUGGCGCACCUGCAUAGCGAUACGACGCCCUGCGGCACACCAAAAGUGCCCAUCGCCCAUAGAGAUCUGAAGAGCAGCAACAUUGUGCUGAAGAACCACAGCGAGUGUGCGCUCUGUGAUUUCGGACUGGCUCUGCGACUAGACCUCUCGCUCACCGUAGAUGAUUUUGCCAACAGUGGACAGGUGGGGACUGCACGCUACAUGUCCCCUGAAGUUCUGGAGUCCAGGGUGAAUCUAGAGGACUUGGAGUCCUUUAAACAGAUUGAUAUCUACUCCAUGGCCCUGGUGCUAUGGGAAAUGGUCUCCAGGUGUGACGUCAUAGGAGAGGUAAAGAGUUACGAACCCCCAUUUGGCUCCAAGGUGUGUGAGCAACCUUGUGUAGAUAGCAUGAGAGACCUGGUGUUAAGAGACAGAGGACGACCAGAUAUUCCAGAGAGCUGGACAACACAUCCAGGCAUGCAGCUCUUGUGUGCGACUAUAACAGAGUGCUGGGAUCAUGACCCGGAGGCUCGUCUGACGGCACACUGUGUGGUGGAGCGCUUUAAUACUCUGGCACAGGAAGAGCUGGAGAACUCCAUCUGCACCCACGCACCCAUAUUGCCAUCUACAGAGGACCAAAGCCCAUCCCUUCCCUUCCUUUCUCCCUGCACGGACCACAGCACUGGCAUGCAUCCGCAUGUUACAUCUGACACGCAGAUCUCCGCUUCCUCCAGGCAACCAAGUCAAAUGUGAACUGCCUGGAAAAAUCUGACUUCUUCUUGUAAUCCAUAUCGAAUCAUUAUGUGGAGCUGGUCUCCGUUUUUCUUUAAAUGCUAAUCUAAACUGACGGACAAAAGAGGGUUUCUGUUCUAACAUAUCCUCGUUUACUUGUAUAAUGUCGUUAAAGGAUAUAGUGAAGGAUGAAAAGGCUGCUUUGUGCCAUAAAGAAAAAAA